GAGCAUAAUCUAGGGGGACUCCAUGAACAGCAUGGGAUAUGAUCCAAAGAUCGACCGGAAGAACAAAGUUCAAGGAGUCAGCACGAGGGACAAAGACUCGAGUGAUGCAGUAAUGCAGCAUCCGAAGAGAGGGCAGCAGAGAGGAGACAGGCAUAAUAUGGUUGGGGGCUGGCAACACACCGGUGAGCUGAUGAAAUUCUUCAGCAUAUUGAAAGGCAAACAGUUCCAACUCAGAGGCAUCAGCCAGAGCUUCUCCAACUCGAGGGAUAUGAAGCGUAUCCGACAGAUCAUCGAGAGGGAGAGUGAGCAGAUGGCCAAAAACAAUAGUAGAGAAGGAACGAGAGGCAAGGCCGGGUGAGCGAAAGUUUGAGAAGAAGUAGCGGACUAAAUCCGGACAGACCAAGGAGGAAAAAGGGUGAUCAAGCAGAAACUCCCAACCCAAGUUUUGAAUGAACCUAUGCACAUCAA